AUGUUGGAUCUCCUCAGUUCUGAGACAUUCUUAUGGGGUGGAUCUACUGGAAACAGCCGAUAUGCUCUUGGAAACUUCACCUCCUUCUACCCAGGCAAACACGAGAACAUCAUCUCCUUGGAGAAGUUCUACCCCUUGUUGAAGUCAACCCAGUGCAGUCCUCACAGCUUGACCAUGAAUUUCGAAGAUGACAAGGCCUACCGGUAUGGCGCCAAAGCGUGGAAAUGGGUCAACGACGAGGAUGACAGAACAUUUGUGCUUGUCGCUGGUCAGGGCCACUGCGAGUGGAACGAGGACCGUCUGCCAUUCGUCAUUACCAACGUUGAAUUUGACGACACUGCCAACACAAUCAAGGCAAUUGGACACGCCAGUGACUGGAAGAAGGUUUCUCACUCAUACGAGCUCUUCGUUGGAGGCCGCCCGGCCUCAAACAAGCGCGACUAUGACGAUACCUACUCGUUCGAUGUGAACCAUGAUCUGCCCCUCAGCCACAUUCAGGUGGGAGAAUUUGAAUUUGGCUUCCACAUCUCCACCUGGUUGGGAAUUCCCAAGGACGUCGAGCUUGUUUUGUCGCCUCACGGCGUUGAAGCUGUAUUUGAACCUCGUGUCGGUAUUGUUGCAAAACUCCCGGGAAAAGUCAGCAAGACAUACCCCCUGGGAACAAUUCCUAUUGAUGGAAUCUCCAUUGCUGGUGGAAUAUUGGAUCUUGGCCCUGAGCUUGAGUUCGGAUGGGGUUACUCCAUCGGACCACUCAAGGGCAGUGCUGGAAUUACGACUGGGGGUACUCUUAGUCUUUCCGACUCGGCAUCAAUGACCAUCGACCUGUUGAACCCUGAUGUGUCGCAAAGCGGCUGGGAGCCGCACUUCACUCCCAAAGAGUUCACUGUCGAUGCUGCCCUUAGUGGAUCUGUAGAGUUGGAUCUGUUUGCAAAAAUUCAGCUUGCAUUGGAAGCCCUUGAUCAUGGCUUCGAUGUUGGCGUCAAGCUCCAACCAUUUGGCGGUGCAACUGUGUCCCUCGCAGCCAAUUCUGCUGAUGCUUGUCCGGAUCAGAAGGGAAAGCAUGAAGCUGUCAAGCUUUUGCCUUCGGUUGGCGCUGCCCUGAUCGGAGAAGCCGCCAUUAAGGACAAUACCGAAAGUCCUUUCCUAAGCGCAACACUCGCUUGCUCCUUCGUACUCGGUGCCCAGUUACUCCAGGUCUUCUCCUCAUUACUUGACCUCUGCGCCCCCGUCAUCAUUCCCAUCACCACUACCGACUAUUCCUCGUCCCUCAUCCUGGGAUCACCCUCAUUCAAGUUCUUCAAUCCCAGUCUCAUCAUCUACUCCUCACCGUUCGUCGUCAACUCCUACGGCCCCAUCUUCCUCGAUCUCUGUCUCUCAUUCAUCAACUCCUCUUUCUUCGUCAUCUAUCCUUUCUACCCCAUCAUCAAUCCCCAUGCCGCCACCAUCAUCUGUCACGGCUCCUCCCCCUCCCCCCUCCCCCUCCGUCUUCGCCAGUUACUGUCCCUUUGCCAAGCAGCGGCUCCAGCUCCAGCUCGAUUGUCCCAGUUGUGCGUCGACGACACAUUGUGA